AUGACAAGGAAACAUGUGAAAUGGCGGGAAACAAUCCGAGCGAGGAUAAAAUGGCGGGAAAUAAUCCGAGAGCGGAUAGAAUGGCGGACAUUGGAUUUCCGGGAGGGUUCUGGGACAUGUAGUGCUGCGUCAGGUCACCGAACUAGUCAAGGACCAAGGUCAGCACUACAACUCCCAGAGACCGGAGCGCUGCGCGGUCACGUGUCACGGAGCAGCCAAUCAGUGCGGCUGUACCAGUCGCGCACGCCCUGGAGGUUCCUGAAUCGGGAAGUGGCGGAUUUCGUCAUGGAGGAGACACAGCAGCGGCCAUGA